UGCGAAACAACGUGACAACAUGUCGGCGUCUGUUUCGGAUCAGACCUUGGAGGAAUUGAACUUAAAAGCAACCUUGAGUGAAUUAAUGAGUAAAAAAGAAUCGAUUGAAAAUGACAUAAAAGACUCAUUAUCUACUUUGGAGUCGGAAAAAGGUGUUGGAAUGCAUCAAGCGCUCAUAGAUGCUGAAGACUACCCACGUCAAGAUGUUGAUGUAUAUCUAGUCCGCCACACUCGCCACAAAGUACACUGCCUAAAUACUGACCACAAAGAAAUCAUGAAGCAAAUCGAAGAGAAUCUGCAUGCGUUGCACGCUAUCGCGAAGGCAAGAAAAGCUGCGAUGGGAGACCAUGAGCCCGUAGCAGCGACCAAACCGGUGAAGCCGAGAAGCAGCUUUGCACAUGUUAAUAGCGUUGCGGAAGGUUCUCCAGCAGAGCAAGCUGGUUUGGUAGUUGGUGAUGGCUUGGUAGAGUUUGGUUCCGUAAUCUCAGAAAACUUCAAGUCUCUUCAGGAUAUCGCUGCUGUGGUGCAACACAGUUUGGGGGCUCAUGUAAAUGUUCUGGUGCACAGGAAUGGUAGAGAGAUGAGGUUAACAUUAGAACCUAAGAAAUGGCCAGGAAGAGGACUGCUGGGAUGCAACAUUGUCCCUGGUGGACAGUAAAGAAAGUUCCAUAUGCAUAUUAAAAACUGGGAAAUACAUUGUAAAAAAACGUUUGUAUUACCAUGAAUACUAAAAUAAGCCUUUUCCUUAUUACUAUAGUAAACUCAUUAAAAAAAUUCGUUUAAAUGUCAUUGUAAUUUAUAAAAAAUCUGUUAGCUGGUAGGAUUGAGAUAGUUUACUCAAUCACAUUGCAAUCUGGCCUUGUAACCAUUAUGAUAUUAUCCUGCUAUUAUGGUUACAGUUGCUGUAAAUAUUAUUGCAUAAUUCACAAAAGCAUGGAAGAGAGAGCAUUUGCAGCAUGGAUAAUUUGCUGUGUUCCAUGUUAUAGGCUCUCCUAUUCCAACAGUAGUGAGGUAUGGGCAAAUGGUACCUGUUCACAUGUCUCGUGUGGGAUUUCUUAGCAAAGAUUAAAAAGGAGAGCACGAUAAAGUAAUUUGACUGCGAAAUAAUAUGCAGUUUAGUUAUUCUGUACAUAACGGACGUUUAAUUAGAAUUUUUAAUUACAAAUACGUUGAGGUAAAUCCGUAAAAGAGUUGUUGCACCAUAUAUUUUCUCUCCGUAUAUAAUUGCUGUAUUAAUUGCUAAUAAACGCAAUAUGUAUUGACGGAA